CUGUCUUGCACUCCUCCCGACUCCCAAAUGCUCCUAGACUCUUCAGUUUUAGCUCCCAAAGUUGCUUAGAAACAAUUUGAUCCGAUAUCUACAGAUCAUUGUCGCAUUAAUUGAUUGCGCAAGCUGCAAGAUGAAGCAGUUCAUCGCGAAGUUCAAGCGUUCUGUCAGAAUCUCCGAAGCCCCAGCAGAUCCAACAACUUCAGAUGCAGCGCCCAAGUUGGUCACAAUUGGGUCCGAUGUUGGACACACAGAGGCAGAGCCACAAUCUACGCCCAGCCCAAAAGCGAAGCAGCAGAACUGCGAUAGUAGGCUUGAGAGCCUCCUGCCUGAAGUCCGGCGCCAGCUCCUUUCCAUUCUGGACCUUCGAGGCCUAAAACUGCUGGUCCGCGCCUCACCAACCUUCCACCAGCAGUAUCUUGUCGAUCGCAAGUAUCUCCUCUGUCGAAGCCUUGAGGAGACAUUGGGCAGCGUGGCCAUUGACGCCUAUGCCGUCCAUAAGUGCACAGCCCAAGCUGGAGAUACGAAACAAAACACUCCUUGGGUGCCGAACUCAUACUCGGAACAGACAUCACGGCGAUACUUGUCACUUGCAGACAAGCUUACUCUAGAUGAAGCCAUAAGGAUGGCUGUCUUCUACUUCCAUUCCGUGAAGCCCAUCACAGAAUACUAUGCUCGCUGGUCGCUCGACAAUCUCGCCAAUGAAGCAGGGAAGGACUCUCAUAAUCACCAGCAGGAAGUUACACUCACCCGCACGGAGACAAUGCGAUUGAUACGGGCUACAUAUCGCUUCCAGCUGCUCUGUCAACUUGUUGAGCCUGCUAACAAGGCUAUGAGGCUAUCUCGACAAGAGACUGUACUGGAUUUUCUUGGCGUGCUCGAACCGUGGGAGAUCGAGGAGCUUUUCUCAUUCUACCAGUUUGCGCGGGAUGUAUACGACAGAAUUCUCACCGAUAUCCGCUGGGAUCUGCAUCCAGACAACCCCAGGUUUGACGACCAAGGCCGACCGCCUACUCCAGAGGGGGCAUUUGAUCUAGAUAUCUCGACGGAUCGGAGCAAUUAUCUAGAAGGAAUAACACUGCGUGGUCUUUCCCUGCUGCACACAGUCCUUUUCAAAAUUAAGGACCACAAACAUCUCGUCUCCACAAUGCAGCAGCAUAUAACCAGCUCAUAUAUUCCGUUCAAUGCGUUGGAGGGCGUCCUUGGCGAAACACAACAGGCCCUGCGGCGCAGGAACCACCCAUCUGAGCGGGAUCGGAUGCAAGAGCAACGAACCCCGUACCCAUUUCGCGGGGACAGCGAGCCGGACGCGCCACCGCUUGCUUGGACGAUAAUGUGGGGUAACACGUAUAGCAACUUGUACGGGUGGUAUAUCCCAGAGGAAAUGCGUCGUUGGGGAUAUGUCUUCUGGGACGCGGCGACGCUGGAGGGUAUGGGGGGCAGGAGAGUGCUGAAUCGGCAGUGGGAAGAAUACUGGGACAAUGAUCCCAGAGACGACUUGCUGUAAGAGUGUAUAUGCUGGAAAGGGGGGACCAAACGAUCACUGUCACUGAUGCCUGUAUGAAACCGCCUUCCCUCUAGCGGCUGAAUUAUGUGCUCCACAAGAGCUGUACUAGAUUUGUUAGCCGUAUUCCCAUAUUGUCUCUCUUGGCUACUUGAGUUUUUGGAAGAAUGACAGCCUGCAAGCAGAUAGGGGCGUUAGCAAAUUCUCUGGAAUAGCUAGGCGGCAGGAACUUGGUUGCUCGAUGCUUGUUCCUAGUACAAUACAUUACUUCUAGG